AUGGGGGCACCUGUAAUACAAAUUCAAGUCUCACCAACUACAAAUCUUGACAUUAGAAGUCCUAACAUCACAAAUGCCACAAUAAGUUUUGUAACCACAAACCCUAAUGCCAGUACAAAUGCUGCACGUCUAAACGCUGCCAAUAUUGACGCCACGAGUACUAUCGUCACAAAUAACAUGAGGAAUUUUGACACCGCAAAUCCUAACGUCAGUAUUAGUACAAAUUCUACGAGUUCAAACGCCACCAGUCGUGACGCCACAAGUCCUAACGUCACAAACGACAAAGUAAGUUUUGACAUCACAAGUUCUAAACCCAGUAGAAGUACUAAUUCUACGAGUCCGACAGUCACAAAUUCUGACACUACAAGUCCCAACGUUACAGAUGACUCAAUGAGUUUUGACACCAAAAACCCUAACGUCAGUAAAGGUACUAACGAUACAAGUUCAAACGCCACAAAUCUUGACACCACAAGUCUUAACGUCACAAAUAACAUAGUAAAUUUUGACACUACAAGUCCUAACGUCAAUUUUCACAAUAUGACUUUUAAUGAUACACGUACUAACUCCACGAGUCAAGGCGUUGCAAAUCCAAGUAUUGAAACUCCAAGUUCUAAUGACAUUCAUCACACUAGAAGAUUUUCAGCAAGUCUAGAAACCUCAAGUUCAAAAUCCACGAGACUUGAAACAAGUUCUAUCGCCACAAGUAUUACAACGCGACUGCAAACCACACGUCCUAUUACAACAAGGCUUGACACCCUAAGCACUAGAACCUCAAGACUUGAUACCACGAACACUAGAACCAUAAGGCUUGACACCACGAGUUCUAGUACCACAAGGUUUGACACCCCAAGUUCUAGAACCACAAGGCUUGGCGCCACAAACACAAGAACCACAAGGCUUGACACCACUGGCACUGUUACACCAAGCAUGCAGAAGAGCGAGAAAAGCAGUCUCGAAUGGGAUAGAAUGAGAGAACUGAACACUCCAUCUUACAAGAACACGUAUGCGGUGAUAGCACAGCAAGCACACAACAUCGCACACAAUAUCUCACAAGUCAUGAAACAAUAUAGAAAUAUGAACAUGCUAUCAAAGUAUUCUAUAACAAAGAUAGAAAAUGCCAAUUGUUGCCAGUACCUGCCAUUUAUUUCAACGGCUGAUAUUCCCAAUGAUAAUGUAAGUAAAGCAUAUAUAUUGAGGCGAUUGCAUGAAAAAGAAAGUUCCUAUGAUUUGUAG